CUCUUAAAUUCUCCUUUUCAUUUUCCCCAUCUUUAAAUUCUUUCAACUACAUCAUCAUCCCCAUUCCCAUGGAUCCUCUCUUCAAGUUCAAGCUUUGUUUUCUUGCCUUAUCUCUUUUUUUGGCCACCGCGUAUGGAUACACUGUCGUCUCUGGCUUUGUCUUUUGUGAUAAAUGUAAAGAUGGCCAAGUAUCUAUAUUCGAUUUCGAUUAUCCCAUCAAUGGAGUUAAAGUUAAGAUAGCUUGUGGGGAUGGAAAAGGAGGAGUUACUGAUUUGAGAGAGGAACCCACAAAUUUUUUUGGAGGCUAUACGAUGAGUUUCGAAGGAACGCCUGACCUUAGCGGUUGCACUGCGACGGUUACUGGACCCGCACAGGGAGCGAUGACAAACUGUAGCGCAGGUGGUGGACCGCCAAGGAGUCUUAAGUUGCUGUUUAGGUUGCUUGACCUGGAAAUGUAUGGGGUUGAUCCUUUGGUAUCUCAACCUGAUCAACCAAUGUCGUUUUGUUCGUCUCGUUCGGCUCCGGUUCCUGGGCCAAAACCACCAUCUCCACCUUCUCUUCCGUCACUUCCGAAACUGCCGCCACUUCCAAAACUGCCGCCACUUCCGCCACUUCCACCAUUUCCGCCGAUGCGUCAGAUGCCGCAUACGCCGUUCUUGGAAGCUUCUGCUUGCCAACAUGAGAAUUGGACAAACCCAGAUUACAAAUGCUAUUGGAGGGCAGUGAACCCAGACACAAAGGUAGCGGUUAUUUUUGGGGCAAUAGCAGCGGAGCGAUACGGAACAGACAUGACCCUAUGGAAGGGGCUACAAGGACGAGGGGACCCUUAUAAGACCCUUUUAAGGGAAGCCAUAACCGCGUUUCUCAAUUCCUAUAGUUCCCUUCAUUUCCCCUACCAUUCACUUUCUGUUGUCCAACACUUCAAUUUGGCCUUAAUGGACGGCUCUGAACGCUCCGUCCUCCACGCUGCCCUUCGCUUCAAACACGCCAACUCCGGCAACGGCCACGUCACCUGUAAAUUCGAUCCUUGCAAGUGACGUCAUGAUCAUCGUACAAAUUUUACCUUUUAGUUUCUAAGUUUUGGAAAAUAAGUUUGUUUGGUAGUUAGUAUUUUUAGUUUCCAGUUUUGAAAAAUAAGUUUGUUUGGUAAUUAGAUUUUAGUAUGUGUACUUUUGAUCUCCAAAUUUUUAUGAAUAAGAGCAUCCGAUUCUUUAGUGUUAAUAAUAUAUGUUUUUGGUUAUGAUUA